CAGAGGGAUGAGCAUGAAUGUUGGUCGCAUUUCCUAUGUGCACUACGGUCAUCACCUGUUUGACGUAAUUGAUCCAGCAGCAUCGCGACCGACCGAGCCGGAGUACAGGGAAACUACGGGCACUUAAAGGAAACCCCAACACCACAGGAAUUACCCCUUCACGAACUUUUCCUGGAAUUAAUCGAGCGAUAGUUGUAAAAAUAAGAACUAUUGAGGAUGCUGGUGACAGAUGCUGCGUGAAUUUGGAGCAAUUGUUUUGGGAGGUUCUUAGAAUGUUAUGGAGCUAGCGCGCUAGCCCUGCUGUCGUCUGCUAAACAUGGUGGCCAGUGGACGAAAAUGUAGAGAGGGUUUUUAAAUAUUCAAGAAAUGUUGUUGCCAUUUGCGGAAUUGUUUAAAUAGGUUGCGUUAGUUCUCUCCUUUGUGAUAUGUUUAUGGAUUCUUGCGGCGCAAUAUUAGGUUCAUUCAUGUUCUGAAGCAUUAGCUAACGGGUGCAAGCUCGUGCGAACCCCGCUUUAAAAGUUACUGCCAAGUUUGUCCAUCGUUUAUGUCCGAAAGACCAGUAGCCCAUGUUUGCGUUCGGAUACGUCCAGUGCCCGUCAAAUCAAAGUAAUGUAUUUCCCUUAUCUCGCAACAGUGUUUCAUGUGUCAUCCUUUGCAACAUUGUAACAUUUCGACUAGCCGUGAUGCCUCGAUGUGGCUGAGGUAGCCUAGCCUGUUAUAGGAGUAAGGCGCAGGUGCACUGGAAAAGUUAUUAUGGAAACGGUUCCGUUACUAUUGGUGUCUUCAGAUGGAAAAUCAUUUGAUACAUUUUAUCACAUCGUACAACGGAGAACAUGCAACGUGUAGAAUCUUUAAGAAACGAAAAGGGUCUAACUGUACGGCUGCAUGGACCGUAUGCAUCAGACACGACGAAUGCUUGAGGAUGAAUGCGUUGAAAAUCAAACCGCUCGUCUCAUGAACUAAUUCAUGGCGCUGACGACCAAGGCUGUUUUCAACAUAUGCAUUAGAUUUAUCACAAAACAGGAGACAACUGGACUUCCACUUAUUCUAACACACGUCCCGAGGAAAUUACAUGGAGACUAGUUUGACAUGCCCAGGAAGGAGUUACCGUUGCCGGAGGGUUGGGAAGAGGCCCGAGACUUUGACGGGAAAGUCUACUACAUUGACCACAUCAAUCACACGACAAGUUGGAUCGACCCGAGAGACAGGUGAGACAGACCCUAGCUGUGUUUCCUCCCCGACGUGGCCUCUGUCAUUGCAGACUGCAUCGGGGACGAGCUGCCGGUGGGAUGGGAGGAGGUGUACGACCCAAGCGUGGGCGCCUACUAUGUGGACCACAAUACCAAGAGCACCCAGCUGGAGGACCCGCGCGUGCAGUGGCAGCGGGAGCAGCAGCACAUGCUGGAGGACUACCUGCAGGUGGCGCAAGAGGCCCUGAGCGCCCAGCGCCAGAUCUACCAGGUCAAGGAGCAGCGGUUGGAGCUGGCCCAGCAUGAGUACCAGCAGCUGCACCAGUCCUGGAGGGACAAGUCCACCUCCCAGACCAGCUUAAAUUCCAGAUCUUCCUCCAGCAGCAAGUAUGACCCAGAAAUCCUCAAAGCUGAGAUAGUGACUGCAAAAAGUAGGGUGUGUGGCGAAGUUGAAGAGGAUCUAGCCUUCAUGUGACAGGAGCUCAGGUAUAAGGAGCAGGACUCACAGGCAGCUCAAGGAGUAGAGAUCAACCACAAGGUGUCCAGCAGCAGCAGGGCGUAUGGGUUGGAGCCGCAGGAGGCGCAGGCUAUACUGAGGGAGGUGAAGAGCAUCAGGGAGGCCAUCAGCACUGGGGAGAAGGAGAAGCAGGAGCUCAUGCAGAAACUGGCUGCGUUGAAAGAUGGCUUCCAGCUGGAGGCAGGCUCUCAGUCAGAUCUGUGGGCCAGCAGCACGUCAUUGGCCAACUCCAACCUGUCGAUCCCACGCCUCUAUUCUGACGCCCAAUCCCAGACAGACAUCCCUGCUGAGUUUGUAUCAAACAGUAAUAAGCUGGCUGAGAAGGUGCGUCUGAGUCUGAAGUACGAAGAAGCGAAGAGGAGGAUUGCGACGGUCGAGGUGCAGAUCGCGCGGCUGGACAGCGAGGCGUGGCCGGGGCUGCUGGACCCUGAGCGGGACCGCCUGAUCCUGAUCAGCGAGAAGGAGGAGCUUCUGAAGGAGCUGCGCUUACGCCCCGCCCAGUCCCAAGACAUCUAUCAGCGCCCAGCUGCUCGAGAUGGCGCCAGCUUGGAGAAGGACCUGCAGGCCGCACGCAGCAACCAGAGCAAGGCGCUGACCGAGAGGUUAAAACUACACUGCAAGAGGAACAAGCUGGUGAAGGAGUUGGAGGAGACUGUGCGCUUGGCGUCCUCAUUACACACUCAGCUGAAGAGUCUGUCGGAGAGCGCACUCUCGUGUUCGUCGGGCAGCAGCCGUGGUUCCCUAGCGUCUAGCCGUGGUUCCCUAGCAACCACGUCCAGCCUCAGCUCGGCUCCCUCAGCUACAUCGGACAUCUACCUGGAGCAGCCGGAACUUUCCGACCCGGACUUCCAGAGCAAGCUGGAGCAGCUGCUGGCCGAGGUUGCCACGGGAACCGCGUCGGCUGCCGCUGCCGGGUCAAGCUUCCGCCCGUCCGGCUCCAUCACCACCAUCCACGAGAACGAGGUGUCGGAGGCGGGCCCCGGGGUGAUUGGCGGGUCGGAGGCGGGACCCGGGGGGGUGAUUGGCGGGUCGGUGGGGGCGGGGCUGGGCUGGCGAGCGCAGGCCCUGCGUGUGUCGGAGACGCCGCGCUCCAUGACCUCACUCUCGCCGCGCUCCUCGCUGUCCUCGCUCUCGCCACCCUGCUCGCCGCUGGUCACCGACGCCGCCCUCCUGCCCGGCGAGGUCUUCGGCGUGGCCCACAAUGCCUUGGGGCUGGACGCCGAGCUGCAGAGCCGAUUGGCCGAGCUGAGGCUGCUGGACGAGACGGAGGAGGAGCCCCGAGUAGCUGGCACCGCAGACGCAGCCAAAGAGGUUAUUGCGCAAUCCAGGGGGGCGGGUCUUGGGCCCAAAAAGGCAGGCGUGACCUCUGCUGUGUCUGACGAAUCAGUGGCUGGAGACAGUGGCGUCUACGAGCCGUCCGACAAGAAGCCGGGGCUACCUGCAGACCUGCUGAGCUACGAGGAGAGCGUGGAGGACAGCGCUGCCCUCGGCUGUUCCCAGAUCAGUCUGGGGCUGAAGUACGAGGCCAAGGAGCAGCGCUUCACCAUCACCGUCCUGCAGAUGGCCAACUGCACCACGCUCCCACUGCCUGCUGAACAGAACCUGUACGUGCGGUUAGCGGUCCUGCCGUGUUCCGAGGCCACUCGUUGUCUCUUCCGCACCUCCGGAGUCGUCCCCCAGGACACUGUCCAGUUCAACGAGGUCUUCGGCAUGCACAUGGCCCACAAUGCACUACGGCAGAAGACGCUCCGUGUGGACGUUUGCAUCACCAGCAGCUCUGGCCGGGAACACUGUCUGGCUGGGGCCCAGAUCAGUCUGGCUGAUGUCGGCUCCUCUGGGGAAUGGCAGGUGAAGUGGUACAACCUGCUUAGCCACGCCCACAUGUCCAGCAUCGACAGGAAACACACCAGCCUGCCUGAGGAGCCCACGCCAGACACACAGCAGACAGCACUGCCUGGUACUCCAGAGAGACCCACUACAGCCCAGGAAGACUGGCCUGUGACGGAUGGCUUUGAGGACGAGGAAGGCAGUGACGCUGAGGGGGAGGAGUUCUACCCUGACAGCGGCCAAUGGGAGGCUGAGGAGGAGGAAGAGUCGGCGACAGCGCCCACCCCGACACGCCCCCCGCCCCCCAUAGCAGAGAAGGUGAAUAAGGAGACCAGUAUGGAUGGCAUGCGCCACCGGUCCCCCUCCUCGUCCUCCUCAGUGGUACGGCCCAAAGAGAGGCGGCAGGAGCUGCAGCAACAGAACCCCUUCGUCCGCGGCAACACUAUCAUCCGCUCCAAAACCUUCUCCCCAGGACCGCAGAGCCAGUACAUCUGCAGGAUUAACCGCAGUGACAGUGACAGCUCCACACUGUCUAAAAUCUAUGAAGAUACUUCAGAAGGCCGCAGUGUCCGGAUGAAGAAGCCCCCCCUGGUGGUGCGUGGGGUGGAGCGCACGGCGCUGGAUCUGGAGCUGGACCUGCAGGUGGUGCGCACGCGCCACAGUCGUCUGAGGCAGGAGCUGCAGGUGCUGCGGGAGCUCAAGCAGCAGCUGGAGACGGCCAGACAGCAGGGCCAGCAGCAGCUCCCCGACUGGGUCCGCCAUGACGACCGCUUCCACACACUGCUCAAGCAGGCCGAGAGACAGACGGCGGAGGAGUUGCAGCAGGAGCAGCGUGUUGAGAGGAUGAUGCGUGUGGCUGCCAAGGACGUGCACAAGAUCAGAGGCCAGAGCAGGAAGGAGACGCCCGAGAUGCAGACCUUCAGAGAGAAGAUGGCGUUCUUCACACGGGCGAAGAUCAACAUCCCCGACCUGCCAGCUGACGACGUCUAGACGGAGCGGAGCGCAGCGAGUCCUUCCCCUGCUGUUUCCAUGGAAACGGCGGCCGGUGGGCCUCUGGUGGUGUAGUGAAGUGCUGGAGAGAAGGCGUCCGUCGGGCUGGAAACUAAUUGUCUCCUCCGUAGCUCACACACUUGCAAAUCCACAUAGGUUCCUUUUUUUAUUUAAAAUUAGUAACAAGAUUUUUUUUUACAGUGUGUAGCAUUGUUUUCUGUUACUAAUGCGUGUAUAUUUGGUAUUUUGUCAUAGGGUUAUGUUGUGUUAGGACACACACUUGCGCUCACUCACACACACACACACACCCCUGUAUUAAGACCUUUGAUGUGUAGGAACACUAAGCGCUGCUCCCUGAGACAGGGGGCAGAGCUACUUAACACACACACACACACACACACACACACAGAGGUACUGGGAGUGGGAGAGCAUUCCCAUCAAGCACAAGUUUGGCUGUUGCUACCUCCUCUCCUCUCUGACCAUGCACACACACACACACACAGGGGCAGCCUGAAUUGUCGAUAACGCUAGCCACGGCCGGAUCAGUAGCCAUCCAACAUCUGGCUCAUCUGCUGGUCAUGUCCCCCCUUCUGAGACUCAUGCAUGUGUAUAGUCACGGAUGACCUUUGACACUUGACCUCUUGACCCCUGCACUCUCUCCCCUGGGUACCCGUUAGUAGCAUCCACUAGCCUGCACUUGCCCAUGUAGCGGAUGCCAGCUAGCUUAGCUGUGCUUGUGGAACGUUGGUAAACCUCACUCCCCGACGCCUCAAGAGUGCUGCUGGCAUGAGAGCUAGUAGCCUGGGCUAUUGGCUCAACUGUC